CAAUGCAUGCCACCAUCUUCACCACUUUCCCAACAGAUCAAAUUAAAACAAACAUGACCAUAGCAAACAUUUCCUGUGAAACAAUGUACACAGAUGUCUCAACCCAUCCGGCUUUCAUCUUUAGCUACUCACUUGUGUUUCUCAUCAGUCUGGUGUUGAACUGCAUCACAAUGCGGGUGUAUUUCUGCACCAGUCAACGUGUCCAGUCCAGCAUCACAGUCUACAUGAAGAACCUGGCAGCGGCUGAUUUUUUCCUUUUCCUUUGUUUACCUUUGCGCAUUGCUAACAAUGCUUACUAUUCCAUGACAAUACGUAACAUUUACUGCAGCUUUGGAGCAACAGCCUUUUAUAUAAACAUGUAUGCAAGCAUUCUCUUCAUGGACUUCAUUGCUGCAAACAGGUACCUGAAGAUUGUGCGACCAUUGGAGACUCACACUCUGCAGACGGUUCGUACUGCCCGCCACAUUUCUGUAGCAACUUGGCUCUCCCUGCUAGCCUUGUGUGGCAUCUACUUGGUCCUCUUUCUUCAGACUUCCUGGAGUUACAAUCAGCAAGACAUUAGCUGCGAGUCCAUGCACAGUCCACAGCUCAGUGUUUUCUACAAAAUCAUCCACUGUGUGUCCAUUGUAACCUUCAUGUUCGUGCUAAUAUCGAUGAUUGUUCUGUAUUGGAAGACUCUGCGAAAGAUUCAACAGGCUCAGUUGUCCACACAGACCAUCUCCAGCACUCAAACAUUUAACAAGUCAAAGCGCAAUAUGCUAAUAUUAAUGGUAGUUUUCUGCGUGUGCUUUGUGCCUUAUCAUGUGGUGAGACUGCCUUACAUGUUCAGUAGUGAAUGCUCAACAGUUCACGCAUUUAACAUCUUGAAAGAGGUGACAAUCCUGCUUGGAGUGUUAAAUGUUUGUUUUGAUCCUCUAAUCUACUUCCUCUUCUGCAAGGCCUUUAGAGCCCAGCUUAGAAGGAGGAACGAUUUGCACAGGUCCAGUGAAGAGCAAACAUGAAACAUCUGAAGAAUAAUGUAAUAUACUGAAAUAAACGUAAUUUUGAUUUAAGAAAUGCUUCAGUUUUCAAAAGUUG